AUGGCUGAGAAUUUCGAAGAAUUAAUCCAGGCUCCUAAGGACUUGUAUAAAGAGGGAUCUCUUUUUGUUAAGCGCUGUGUCAAGCCCGAUCGUAAAGAGUUUUUUAGUGUCUCCAGAGCCGUUGCUACUGGUUUUGUGCUUAUGGGAUUCAUUGGUUACAUUAUCAAGUUGAUUCAUAUUCCCAUAAACAAAGUACUUGUUGGUGGUGCUUAA